AUGGGUUCAGAAAAGAAAGUCGCCGACAACAUGCUCUGGGGAGGUCGCUUUACACAGGGUCUUGACCCUGUGAUGGAGCAGUACAACGCGUCUCUCCCUUACGACCGUCUCUUCUACGCAGAGGAUAUUGCUGGGUCAAUUGCAUUCGCCCGCGCAAACAAGAACAACGGCAUUCUCACUGCCGACGAAUUUGCUGCAAUCGAGAGGGGCUUCGUCCAGAUCAAAGAAGAGUGGGCAAACAACACCUUCGAAGUCAAGGCGAACGACGAGGACAUUCACACAGCCAACGAGCGCCGGUUAAGCGAGAUCAUUGGCAAGGACAUUGGCGGCAAGCUUCACACGGGGCGAAGCAGGAACGAGCAGGUCGCGACCGACAUGCGCUUGUGGCUGAGGGCCCAGCUGCUCACACUCGAGGGCUACCUGAAGCAGUUGAUCAAGACCUCCGUCCAGCGUGCGGAGGCUGAGAUAGACGUUCUCAUGCCCGGCUACACACAUCUGCAGAAGGCUCAGCCCAUUCGAUGGGCACACUUUAUUCUUGGCCAUGCCACUGCAUUCUCUCAGGAGCUCGAGCGCCUGCAAGAAGUCAUCAAGCGCGUCAACCGCUCUCCUCUGGGCUGCGGUGCGCUUGCUGGCAAUCCCUUCAACAUCGACCGCCACGCCAUGGCCAAGGAGCUCGAAUUCGAGGGCCUCCUUCCCAACUCAUUGAACGCUGUUGGCGAUCGCGACUUCGUCUUUGAGACAAUGCAGUGGGGGUCGAGUCUCAUGCUUAAGCUGUCUCGAUGGGCUGAAGAUCUCAUCAUCUACUCGAGUCUCGAAUUUGGCUUCGUGCGCCUCGCAGACGCAUACUCGACCGGAAGCUCCCUCAUGCCACAGAAAAAGAACGCAGACUCCCUCGAGCUCAUCCGUGGCAAGAGCGGUCGUGCUUUUGGACACAUGGCCGGUCUCUACGUGACCAUCAAGGGUCUACCCACCACCUACAACAAGGACCUGCAGGAGUCCGUCGAGCCGCUGAUCGACCACAUCAAGACCGUCGGUGAUUCACUCCAGAUCGCCACCGGCGUGAUCUCCACGUUGGCCAUCAACAAGGAGAAAAUGUACGCCGCGCUUGCGCCUGAGAUGCUCGCCACUGAGUUCGCAGACUACCUCGUCAGGAAGGGCGUUCCAUUCCGUGAGGGCCAUCACAUCUCUGGUCGCGUAGUUGCAGCAGCAGAGGAUAACGAUAUUCCCAUGGACAAGCUCAGCCUGGAGCAGCUGAAGGCGAUUGACUCAAGGUUAGGCGACGAUGUUGUCGAGUGCUUGGACUACGAGCGUGCUGUAGAGCUCAAGAACGCCACGGGUGGCACAAGCAAGAGCGCGUGUCUGGAGCAAAUAGCGAUCAUGAAGAAGACGUUGUAG